AUGGCAAAAAGCAGCAGCUCACAGGUGAUAACAUGCAAAGCGGCCAUAUGCUGGGGAAUGGGGGAGUCAGUGAAGGUGGAAGAGAUACAAGUAGAGCCACCAAAAUCUUAUGAAAUUCGUGUUAAGAUGAUACUUGCUAGUUUAUGCCAUACUGACAUUCUUUGUACCAAAGGAUUUCCCACUUCUCUUUUUCCUCGAGUCCUCGGCCAUGAAGGUGUUGGAAAGGUGGAAAGCAUUGGAGAAGGAGUAGAGGAUCUUGAAAAAGGAGACCUUGUGAUUCCAACCUUCCUUGGGGAGUGCCAAGAAUGUGAGAAUUGCAGAUCUGGGAAGACCAAUUUAUGCUUAAAGUACCCAUCAAUCCUCAAUGGGCUAAUGCCUGAUGGCACUUCAAGAAUCUCCAUUAAUGGACAGAAAUUGUAUCACAUUUUCUCUUGCUCAACAUGGUCUGAAUACAUGGUGACUAAUGCUAAUUAUGUUGUCAAGAUUAAUCCAAGUAUUGAUCUUGCUCAUGCAAGCUUCCUUUCAUGUGGAUUCUCCACUGGAUUUGGGUCAGCUUGGAGGGAAGCUAAUGUUGAGAAGGGAUCAAGUGUUGCUGUCAUUGGUCUAGGUGCUGUUGGAUUAGGGGCCAUAGAGGGAGCUAGAAUGCAAGGGGCGAGUAAAAUAAUUGGAAUAGACAAAAAUGAGAAGAAAAGAGAGAAAGGGGAAGCUUUUGGAAUGACUGAUUUUAUAAACCCAGAUGGAAAUUCCCAAAAACCCAUUUCAGAAUUGAUAAAAGACUUAACAGAUGGAAUGGGUGUGGAUUAUUGCUUUGAGUGCACCGGUGUUGCACCCUUGAUCAAUGAAGCCCUCCAAGCAACAAAACCAGAAUUCCCUCUCGAUGAGCUAUUGACUCAUGAAGUUACGUUGGAAGAUAUAAACAAAACUUUUGAACUACUGAAGCAGCCAGAGUGUGUCAAGAGGACUAGCUUGGUGGCUAAAUCAAUAAUGGAUUUAAGCAACUGUACUGGGGGAAAUUUAUUAGAAGGGGAGAAAUUGACUGACAGGAGCAAAGCAAAUGCAGAGGACUAG